CUUCUCUUCCCACAGAAGCCCUGCCUCCUCACGCUGGGACAGUGGAGAGGUUGGCUUUCUUUCUCCUUCUAGUUCAGUCCUUUGACUAAUGGGAAAGACCACGCAGACGCUAUGGAGUUGCUUUUUGUGCCUGAAAAAAGUGCAUAGAUAGAAGACAGGGAUUCCUGGCUGGGAGGAGGGAGGAGAGCUGAAGAUCCCUGCCCAGGCUGGCCGGUCCAAGCAGUCAAAGUGGGAAGCUGAGUGCUUGAAAGAGGAUUAUGCUCGCAGUAGAAAUAAGCAGUAAGUGAGCGAAUAACCAUUAUGGCUUAGAAAAGGCUUAAUCCCCCUGGGGUUAUGGGGUGAACUAGAAAAUAUUGCUUAACUCAAGAGGAAAACUGCUUCUGACUCUGUGUACAAUUGUCUGCUGUUUGGAGACUAAGGGCUUAAGUACAAACCCAGAGCUCUAAAUGCCUCCUCCCACUGUUGGAAAAUGCCAACUUCUCCUUACAGUAGUUGGGGAUAUAAUCUCCUUCCCUGACCUAGCCUCUUCCUGGGAAGAUUUACUACUAAACCAGAUAAGGAAUUGAGAUUAAAUUGGAAAGGUGAAAUCUGGUACUGGCAGAAAUGGCAAUUUUGAAUUAUGUUCUGUGAAUGCUAACAUUCUUAUAUCUAUUAGCGGUGAUUUGCUAAUCACAAGAAAGUCUGGGGUGGGGCCUUAAAAAGGAAAAUUGAAGGCUCUUAUGACAGAGAAGCUGAGUAGUCCAUAUGUGUGAGAUGAAAUAUAAAAAUGUAUAUAAUUAAUAAUAGGUGGGGGGUUGAGCAUUAAACUAGGACAGCCAUCAGGGAACAUAGAAAUGCUUGGAUAAAAAUUAGUUAGAAAAGGAGAAAUUUUAGUUUCAAUGACUUUUUGUGCUAGCCAAAAAUUUCCUAAUGAUUAUGAAGUCAAGACAGUGAUUCAGGGAUACUUUGAUUAUUUUGGUACAUUAUAUAUAUGGUUGCUGGGCAAGAUCUGUGGUUCUCUGGUCAGUGAGUUCUGGCAAUGUAGCCACUGCUGCUGGUACAAAGAAUUCUGGGAUGUCUGACAGUGAAAUGGAUGGAAGGACCCACAUUCCAUCUCUACUUAAUGUCCUUUUGUCCAGAAAUCGGGUCAUGCAAAUGAGCUACUUGAAAAGUAAAGAAAAAGGAUAUGGAAAACUAAGCAGUGAUGAAGACCUGGAAAUAAUUGUUGAUCCGAAGCAGCUGGUGAAUGAACAGCAAGAAAGCAGACCCCUCCUGAGUCCCUCCAUCGAUGACUUUCUCUGUGAAACCAAGUCGGAGGCAAUAGCAAGGCCAGUAACGUCCAACACAGCCGUAUUGACCACAGGCUUAGAUCUCCUUGACCUGAGUGAACCCGUCUCUCAAACCCAAACCAAAGCCAAGAAGUUGGAAGCCUCAUCAAAAACAUCAUCCCUCAAGAAAAAGACUGACGCAUCUGACUUCAUCAGUGCAGACGCUGAGCAGAGAGGUCAGGCUCUCCGAGGCUCGGACACGGCAUCCUUAGACUUAGCAGACAUUCAAACACAACUGGAAAAAUGGGAUGAUGUUAAGUUUCAUGGAGAUCGGAAUGGCAAGGGGCAUCCCAUGACAGAGAGAAAAUCCUGCUCAUCUAGAACUGGGUCAAAAGAACUUUUAUGGUCCUCAGAGCACAGAUCUCAACCAGAACUGAGUGGUGGGAAAAGCGCCUUGAACUCUGAGUCGGCUUCGGAGCUGGAAUUAGUGCCUCCAACACAGGCUCGACUGACCAAGGAACAGCGCUGGGGAAGCGCUUUGCUUUCCAGAAACCACUCCUUAGAAGAGGAAUUUGAAAGGGCAAAAGCAGCAGUGGAGUCAGAUACAGAGUUUUGGGAUAAGAUGCAAGCAGAAUGGGAAGAAAUGGCCCGGAGGAACUGGAUCUCCGAGAACCAGGAAGCUCAGAACCAAGUUACAAUCUCAGCCAGCGAGAAGGGGUAUUACUUUCACACUGAAAACCCCUUCAAGGACUGGCCGGGAGCGUUUGAAGAAGGCUUAAAAAGGCUGAAGGAAGGAGACCUGCCAGUCACCAUCCUGUUCAUGGAGGCAGCAAUUCUUCAGGACCCCGGAGAUGCAGAGGCUUGGCAGUUCCUCGGGAUAACCCAAGCAGAGAAUGAAAACGAACAAGCAGCGAUUGUUGCCCUCCAGAGGUGCUUAGAAUUGCAGCCCAACAACUUGAAAGCUUUGAUGGCUUUGGCUGUGAGUUACACUAACACUGGCCAUCAGCAGGAUGCCUGUGAAGCUUUAAAGAACUGGAUUAAACAAAAUCCGAAGUACAAAUACCUUGUGAAGAGCAAGAAGGGAUCUCCAGGCCUCACCCGGCGGAUGUCUAAGUCUCCGGUUGACAGCUCUGUUCUGGAAGGAGUGAAGGAAUUAUAUCUAGAAGCUGCCCACCAAAAUGGAGAUAUGAUUGACCCAGAUCUACAGACAGGUCUGGGAGUACUGUUCCACCUGAGCGGAGAAUUUAAUAGAGCAAUAGAUGCAUUUAAUGCUGCCUUAACUGUUCGGCCAGAGGACUAUUCAUUAUGGAAUCGUCUGGGGGCGACCUUGGCAAAUGGAGACCGCAGCGAGGAAGCAGUGGAGGCCUACACACGAGCGCUGGAGAUUCAGCCAGGCUUCAUCCGGUCCAGAUACAACCUGGGGAUAAGCUGCAUUAACCUGGGAGCCUACAGAGAAGCAGUCAGCAAUUUUCUCACUGCCCUCAGUUUGCAAAGAAAGAGCAGGAAUCAACAGCAAGUUCCUCAUCCUGCAAUCUCUGGGAACAUCUGGGCUGCCCUCCGAAUCGCUCUUUCUCUGAUGGACCAACCGGAACUCUUCCAGGCAGCUAAUCUCGGUGACCUGGAUGUCCUCCUAAGAGCUUUCAACUUGGAUCCUUGAAGGAAAAGAAAAAAAUAAAAAAUAAUAAUCCCUUAUCUGUGUAAUUAUACCGAGAAAUACAAAACUAUUUUAUUAUGAAUUCCAACAAGGAUAAAACGGAUGUUCAAAAGACCAUGGUGAUGUAACUCAAGAGAAUUCCUACAGAUAAUGCCCAGUUUUGUUCGGAUCCAAAAGCACAAAAUGUUGUAUACAGAGUCAGGGUUGGGCUCGAAAGAAUGGAGAGACACAAGACAACCCAAGAUAAAGUAUCGGUACGUGAAUGCUCUUCACAAGCUGCAAACGUAUUGCAAGUAUUUUCUUUGGGGUUUUUGUCCCCACCUGCAGCUGGUGACGCAUCUAAGGAACUUGCUCGUGGGAUACCUAGAGAAAGCACUGCCUCGGAUCAGGGAAUUCUGACUGUUUCUGAACUGUCCCCUGAAAUUCCCCCCUUACCAGAUUGAACAUAGUUUGAGCCAAGGUGCAUGCACAUAUAUUAACUCUUGACUGAAGAGAGGCAUUGCUUAAACCUGUUCCAGUUUUAACUUUUCCUGUAGCCCUUUGAUUCCAGAGAGGGAGCUUUGCUGGCAAAAGCUGUUUUUGCACUAGAAAUUUUUGCUGUUCCCAAUUAAAACUUUUCUGGGACUGUAAAUAUGCACUUUAUUAUCUUAUUUAUGCCUUGCUGGAGUUUUGUUUUGUUGCUCCAAUUUUUAACUUGGGGGUGAAAGAUUUGAGAACUCAGCCUUGUUAGAUCAAUGGACCAAAUAAAAACUGAAAAUAGUUUUUCACAGUGUAGGAUUUUGAAAGGAGUGUUUUUCUUAAAGCAGAUAUGACAUAGGGUGUAAAUAUGUCAAACAUAGAUCUUAUUCACAUGCUUUUCGGGAACUGUAUGAAUAUAAGCAAGAGAUAAGGUAGCAUCUCUUCACAGAUUCUCUGCAGGGAGAAACUGCGAUAUUGUGAUUCCUAUUGAGUUAACAUUAACUUGCUUAAACGUCAUAUUUUCCUUGCUAACUGCCCUGCACAUCUAUAUUCCUUUUAAACUGUCAAUAUUUUAAACAGUAUUUAAGAGAGAAAUAUUUUAAAUAGUAUUUGAGAUAAAUACAUCUUUUCUUAAGAAUUAUGUGUUUUCUUAGUUCCACAAUCUGCACUGCUCACUCUUUCGCAUUUUAAGUGAUAGAAGAUCAGUUUUUUCUAGCUGAACCUCACGGAAUGUCAGUGGUUUAAUAUGAAUGGUGCAUGCCUGGCUCUCACUUUGAACGUUUAUCAAGUAUCAGGAAUUUUCUGUUGGCUGUGUUUUAUUUACUUGGUUAUAUUCUACUUAGUUCUUCAGAGUGCCUUCUGCCUGUUGGGAGUCUGGUGAUGACUUGGAAAGACAUCAUUUUUUUAAUAAUUAGAAAAAUUACAAAAUGCUAACCAAAAUAUAACUUCACUGAUGUCCAAGUCUAGUAAUGAGUCAUGGUGCACUGUCCCAUUCUUCUUUUGUCUCCUUCCUUCUUCCAGACUCUUCCCCAAAGCAAUUUGAUCCCAACUUUUUCUUCAUAUUCUUUGGUUAGUAAUAGCUGGUUACUUGCAUGAUCAGAGUUACCACGCAAAACAGCAUUUGGCUCCAGAGUGUGACUGGGGGAGGAGAGACGCAUGUAUGUGCUGAGACGUCCAGUCCCGGAUCCAGGUAGGGAUCUUCUCUCCUGUUAGAAAUUGCUGGGGUAGGAAGGGGAGCCAAGGACACAUGAAACCACAAGUCCUUGAGGCUUCCAUACAUCGUAACCUAUUUCAGUUUGUAAGGACAAAGAGUUGAGGGCACUCUGGUGGUACCCAGCUUCUAUCUUCCCAUCAAAGCCCACUUGGGCUAGGUGAUGCCUCCCGCUGGCCAGCAGGGGGCAGAGGCGUUCAGUCACUCACUGCUGGGCAGUAGAUCACAACCCCAUGUUGGCCUGCUUUCCUGCAGUCUGAGAAGCAAAAUAAAGCUCAAUAUUUUCUAAAGAAUAAAUGGUAUUAUUUAGAAUUUUAACAUCCUUGAAACUCAGUCUGGGAGGGACUCUGGGCCAGCCUCCAACCCAUGAGAGCUGCCUGCCUGAAUAUCCCGGAUAGAACAGCAUCCCUUCUCUGCGUGUUCCUCCUCCCAAUCCUGUGCAUUCACCAGCUGGCCAGCUGACACGUGCAGCCAUCAGAGUCCAUUAGGAGAAAACCUGACGGGUGUUCUGUUGAUGAUGUCAUUCUACACUUCCAACAGUAACUGAAUUUGCAGUAAUGAUCAGCUGUUUUCUUAGCCUUGCUGGCACUACCUGUGUGAGAUCAGUAACAAUUGAAAGCCUCACAGUAGCACAAGUGCAGGAUAUUUCAAUUUGCUUAUUGCUAAGUGGUGGCAAAGUCUGUAGCCCAAGUUUUAUUUUGCUUUUGUAAUACAAAGUAACUUCAAACUCCAAAAAGUUGUGUUAGAGUAAACAGUGUUCCAUUCCCAUCAUAAUUUGGUAAUUUGCAGAGCAUUCAGUAAGAUUUUCUCCAAUAUAUCCGUGUCCAUCAGAAGCAAGAUUUUCAUGUCAAGGAGUACAGAAUUAUUGCCCAAGCUGCUUUUCAAUAAUACUUUUAAACAAAUUUAAGUAAAAACAGUUACUAGAAAGCAAGUGGAAGUUUAUAGAAAUCAGAGCACCACCAAAAAUUAAGUAGCAAGAUUUUAAAACAGUCCUUAUUGGUUUUUUGUUGUUUUUUUUUUUUUUUUAAGCAGAACUGUUUUUGGCUUCUUAUCCUCCUGGUGUGAAAUUGUCAUUUACGUUACUCUUUCCACUUGAAAGGUAGGAUGUUUUGGGUUACCUUCUGGGGCACCAUGGGAAGGCUUUGAGUAUGCUUUUUUUUGUUAUUACUGAGGAGUAGCCUAAGAUCUCUUAGACAAUGGUAACAUUUUUACUAAAAGGGCUACUCAGUUUCAUAAAUGUGACUUUCAAGGAACAAUUUCACUAGUAGAUGGGAUGAAAAUGCAGAGAAGGCUGGUGAUCAUUGCUGAAUUUCAAAAUAUAACUGUGUCUAGUGGGCUAUUUCUGUGUCCUAUACCUUACCAGUGAGGAGGAGGUGGAGGGAUAGGAAACAGGAGCAGUAAGGCAAUCAUGGUGAGUCAUCAUUCCUUUUGCUCUCUUCCAAGAUCACUUCCCAUGACUCUCCUUGAAAGAACGGCAGGUCUUGUGCACUGGGAAACUAAUAGAAAAGCUAUGAGCUGUGCUCUCUCAGUCUGCAUUGCAACUAGAAUGGCAAAUUUGUGACACUUAACAGGCCUGGAAUGUCCAGGACCCACUCUCUUUCAGAGUAGUAUGCCACUUUCUGCAUUCUUUAAAGAGAACUAUGUUAAAUCUUAGGUCCAUGUCUAGAUACUACUAUUAGAUAAAUCUUUCCAGUGUGUUUGUGCUAUACAAGCAAGACUCAAACACAACUGUAGCUAGUCCCAGUUAUGACAGGAGCACCCAAACUCCGUGCUGUGAACUUGGUGUGCUCCUUGGGCAGAGAGAGAAAGCAAGAUGGUCAUUUUGUCUCCCUUCAUUUGUCCUUGAAUCAGUGACACAGGACUGGACUGUAAGUUGUUGCUGUUUUAUUGCUUGAAACGCUUCUAAUAGCACUAUAGAAACAGGGUAUUUUCACGGCUUAAUUUGUGUGUCAUCUUUUGGAGGCCUCUUGUUUUAGAAAUUACUACACAUGCACAUGCAUGAUUUCAACUUUGUAAAAUAAUUUCAAAUUUAUUCCCUCUCCGGGUGUUAUGGCACAGUUUCCCUAUCAUCUCAGUAUUUAUAGAACUGGUUGAAAUUACACUGUUUUGAACUAAGAAUUAGAUAGAUCUAUAUAUUUUUAAGGAGUGGUUUAUAGAUGAGCUCUGGCAUAAGGUUUGUAAAAAGGCGGUUUUUAAAAAGUAAGACUUACAACCUCAGGUACCAAAAUAACGCAUGCAUUAUUAGUACUUGCAAAUCUGCCUACUCCAAUAUUAACCAAAGCAUGCAAGAGAACUUUACUGAAUGUAAAUCUACCCAGUGCAUGAGUAAGUCUCAUAGGUUAGCGUAUUUUUCCUUGCUUCUGAACAAGGAAGCAUUUUCAUAAACUUUGUGUUCCAGUUUUUCUAUUUGCUUUCAAAAUCCUGUCCUGGAGACUGUUCUCAUGCUGUCACACGUCUGGCUUAUGCAGUAUUGCAGCCAGUGCCAAACUGGUCCUCUGAGGAAUCCAGGUGUUUAGACAUCCAAACGAUUUUUAAAAACCAGUUGAGGCACAACAACAGAUGCAAGAUGGAGACAAAAAUCCUUGUGUUUGAAUGCUGCUAAACAAAAUCAUGUUGAUUGCCUCAGCAGUUUUGGGUUCUAAAUUCUGAAUAGUGCAUUUCAAGUUGUUUGUAAAUUAGAAAUACUGACAUUCUAAAUAAGAUGGGGAGGUUAGGGUAAUGUCAGGCACAUGAAAACCAUCAAAAGGCACAGUGGACAUGGGGCCUUAAUUUCUGCAAAUGCCCCACAGUGUGUGGGGGUGUCUGUCACACCAUUGUCCUCAACACGGCCCUACUUGUAAGUGAGCUACUUGGGCCCACAUUCCUUGAGAAAUUGGACUUGGUCAAUAUAUCUAAAAACAUUGAAAUUCAGGGUUGAUGAGGUGAUUUCACAGUCACUCAACCUUAACUGUAAAGUUCUCUCACUGCCUUUUUCUGUGACCCCUGCUUUAUGAAAAAAUAAGGGCAAGGAGACCAGAAAAUGGAGGGAGCAAAGUUCGAAAGACAGUGAGGACAUUGUAUGUUAGUGACAGCUUUGUCCUCAUUUCACACACCCCUGCACGCCCACACCUACAGAUGAGCUCCAAGACAGAAUUCCCCAAGUACCGGCAAAGACCAUCGUGUGGCAGCAUCAAACAGGUAAGAGAAGGAAAAAAAAACAGAAAACUCAAGUGAGAUUUAACAAACUCUUAUGUGGCAUUUUGCCUCGAAUAGUUUCCACUACCUGCACGCUCUGCAGAAAUACCAAAAGAACAGACUCUGAAAACAAGUGCCCCGAUCCCCAAAACCUCAGCCCUGUUUUCUCAGGACCUACCUGAGCAAACUCUCCUGGAGCGUUGCAGAGCAUCACAGCACAGCUCCCACAGGUCCUGUGGAAACCUGCAAACCUGCACUCAAAAUAAGAUUAAAAAAAAAAAAAAAAAAAGAGGCAGUUCUUUGCCCAACAAUAAAAUGGGUGUAGGUUUUUUUUCCUUUUCCUUUGAAUUCCUUGGAAACGGUGUGAUAAAAAGGACUAGGGGAUAUAUACACUCACUCAAUGAGGCAGUUUGGCAUUUUCACCGAGACACAUAAAAAUACCAUUAAAAACCUGUGCCACGUGAAAAACACAUUCAUGAUUGAAUGUGUUACCAGUACUUAAAGGAAACUUUUACCAAUUUAUUUUCAAUUCCCCCCCAUAUCAUCUAAUCCAAGCCCUCUUCAAUUUUCAUUGCCCAAGUUUGUUUAUAUUUGUUGGGGAGAAAAAAACCUGAUUAAUUUAGUAAACUUUAUACAAACUAUAACAAGCAUUUAUUAACUAUUUAGAAAAGAUAUUUCUAUAUAUUUUAUAUAUCUAUGAAUAUUGCAUAUCUAGUCUGAUCUAAAAUACUGUUUGAGACAGAUUCUUCUGUGAUGCUUCCUUAUGCUCAAUGUUUAAAAUCUUGGGAUUUCAUUUUUAAGCUGAAAUAGGUAACAAAAAAUUUAACCUUAAAUGUUUACAUUGAGUUUUCAAGUUAAAACCAACCCAAACUAAGUGACCUAUAGGAAAUUAAUGGCAAUUGGGGUGUAAGUUAUUGGCAUACUACAUGAUGAUGUAUCUGUACUUAGUGAAAUAUAUAUCAUAGCACAACUCUAUUUCCCUCUGUUGCUCUUUGAAAUAAAAUUACUAUCAUAAAAAUAAUCUCUUACCAUAUUGAUGUGUUUAAUUUAUUCCACUGGCUUACCAAGAUGAAGGUAGUAUUUUUGUACUAUAAUUGGAAGCAUGCCUUCCCUUUUCACAUUAUUAAAUUGUAUUUAUAUCUGUGCAAUUUUAAACUAUGUUUUCAAAUAAACUUUGUGGCUUCAAAGUCUUUUCAGAAAUCUUUGAAAAUGAGUUACUGGGUUCAGAAUUGCUUCAAAUCAAAUAUAAUCUAAUUUGUACUACUGAUUAAAAGGUUCUUUUUAUUGACUAUCAGUCACUACAUAUGACUUUGCAUGAGUUAUCUGGAAAUCAAGCAUGCGUUUUAGAUACAAAGCAAAACUUUAAAAUCGUACUCCUUUGUUAAUUUUUAAAGACUAAAAUAUUAUUUAACCUGAAAUUGGAUUUUGUGAUUUUUUUGUUUUUAGAAUAAAAGUAUUAAAAUAUA